AUGGUGAAUUUGAUGGUGUUAGGUCUUGCAAUAUAUGAUACAAUGCAAUACAUUCGAUCUCCUAUCAAUACAAUAUGUUUAGGUCAAGCUGCAUCAAUGGCUUCUUUGCUGUUGGCUGUUGGUGCAAAGGGUGAAAGGCGAUCUCUUCCUAAUGCCACCAUCAUGAUUCAUCAACCUUCCGGUGGAUACAGCGGGCAGGCUAAAGACAUGGCCAUUCACACGAAGCAUAUUAUUAGGGUUUGGAAGUCUUUGAAUGGGCUUUAUGCAAAGCAUACUGGACAAAAUGUUUAUGUGAUUCGGAAGAAUAUGGAUAGGGAUUGUUUUAUGACUCCUGAAGAGGCGAAAGAGUUUGGGAUUAUAGAUGAAGUGAUGGAUGAGAGACCCUUGACUUUGACCCAAUUAAGCAUAAGCCAACCAUGUAUCAAGUGGUGUAGGAAAUGGUUGAUAAAAUGGGCUAUAAAAAUUCCCAUAUUGCCCUUUUCAUGUUUGCAUCGUAUAUCGAGAGACGACAUACUUCCAAACCUUCUGUUAUCGUGA